UAUAAGGAAGCUGCUACAUUUUCAAACAAGAAGUAGAACCCUUCGGUUAUAGUCGUCAAGAAACAGAAGGACAACAAUGGACGAAGUUCAAGAAAGAGAGAAAAAAGAAGAAUUCGAUGCAUCAGAGAUUGAAUACGUUAGCUAUGGUGGUGAGCAUCACCUACCAUUAAUCAUGAAUCUUGUCGAUCAAGAACUUAGUGAGCCUUACUCCAUCUUCACCUACCGUUACUUUGUUUAUCUUUGGCCACAACUUUCUUUCUUGGCGUUUCACAAAGGCAAAUGUGUAGGGACUGUUGUUUGUAAGAUGGGGGAUCAUCGGAAUUCAACUUUUAGAGGUUACAUUGCUAUGUUAGUUGUCAUCAAACCUUAUCGAGGAAGAGGCAUUGCUACUGAACUUGUUACCAGAUCUAUUCAAGUGAUGAUGGAAUCUGGAUGCGAAGAGGUAACAUUGGAAGCAGAAGUUACAAAUAAAGGAGCACUUGCACUAUAUGGCCGUCUUGGUUUUAUUAGAGCAAAACGACUCUUUCACUAUUACUUGAAUGGAGUUGAUGCCUUUCGUCUGAAGCUGCUAUUCCCCCAGCCAGAGUUAACCCCUCUUUGCCUAUGAUGGCUGAUAGAGACGAUACACACGAGCAUCUCCCCUGCUGUAAAGAAAAACCCCGGUGGUUGUCAUCGUUUUCUCCGCCUCAUCUGGCCGGAAAAAGACCGCGAUUGUCGUCGUCCACCGAAGCUUCAAACCGACGAUUCUCCCUCGUCAGCCAUCAACGGCCGUCGAGACCACCGCCAUCAGAAUCCUCGCCCUCAGAUCUACCAGAAGCAACCAUUUUUUGGCCGGAAAUCUCGCCAGAAAAUUUCACCGCCUCCAACAGUAACCGCGCGUGGGCCACACGCGCCGCCAGUGGCAUUUUCGUAAUUUUCAGAGAAAUUCGAGGGUAUUUCAGUAUUUUACCUAUACAGUGACACUCAAGUAAUUUUUUGGGUUUCUACUGGUAUUUUUGAUAUUUGUUUUUAUAUAUAAAUGCUUGUAAAUUUUCUUGCAUGUUGUAAAAAAUACAAAAACCAAAGUCGACACGUCUCUUUUUUUUAAAAGGACCGAUGUCAAAAAUGUAAAUACCAAAUAUGGAUUAUGUCCAUUAUUUCUUUUGG